AUGGGUAGGGGUCUCAUUAAUGUAGAGCAUAGAAGCGAAUACAUGCUGUUUGAUAUCAACCAAAACUUUAAUGAGACAAGAAACAAUAAUCUAAGAUGCUCGGCAAUACUUAAAGUGGAAGAAGAAAAUGAGACACACCUUGCUGCAGUAGACAAAUACCUAAAUAUUAAGUACGGUAAACAAAUGUUGUCAGUACGAGAUAUCUUAGAAGUUCAAAAAGAAACAUUAUAUAACAAAAUUAAAAAUAAAAACAACCAUAAAAAGUUGUAUAAUGUAAGGGAUAACGAGCUAGUGAGCAUUAAAGGCUCGCCGACUUGGCUGACUAAAGGGAAUAAUCAGGCUAGAUCUGAGGCAACAUACUGCUCCCUUGAAGACAGAAAUAUCUUUUGCGGUCAGGAGACUAUAUGUCCCCACUGCAGAAAACAAAGGAAAACAGUAGAUCAUCUAGCAACUAAAUAUGACUGUAUGAUUGGGUUUGACUAUACAAGAAAACAUAAUAAGGUUGUUAGAUGUAUCCACUUACUUCUUUGCAAAAAAUACGGAUUUAAAAAGUCCAAUAAAAUUAGAUCACAUUCCGUACAGGAGAUCCUUAAGAACGAGAAUGCAGAAAUAAGGGCAGACACUCGGAUAUCUACAGAUAUUAAAGUUACCCACAACAAGCCUGAUAUCUUGCUAAGAAAAUACGACUUACUAGCUAAUGAACUUGGGAUUAUUCACAAGUCUAGAACCAAGAUUGUUCCUUAUGUAAUGACUUGGGAUGGGGUGGUAACUAAGUUCCACAAAAAAUAUUUGCAUGAGCUGGGGAUACAGGACUCCCUUGAAGCAUAUAUUCAAUCCAUGGUGCUGAAGAAGAUCCUUGAGUCUAUCUCAAUUGAGC